CCACGAUAUACCAAACGUCAUAAUUAACGCAUUCACGACUCGCUCACUGUGAACCGUGCUUCUCAUGCCACUGAAAGGAAUAAACACACACACACACACACAAGCGAGACACACUCGCUUCAUCUAUGCAUUCGUGUGUGUGUCGUCACCUGUUGGUACUUGACGAAGGGAAUGUGUGAGGCCGGCCGGGUGCUCGCCAAGGCAGCAGAUAUGUCGGCAGCACUCACAGCCUCCAAUCCAACACCACACGCACAAUCUGCUGCUCCGCUCUCAUGGGGCUGUGGUAUGCCCUCUCUGCAGCCCUCGCCGCCCGUCUCGCCCUCCUGCGGGGCGCAGUCAGCAGUGGGCGAAGACUCGAGCCGCUGGAGGAGCCUCCUCAGAGGUCUCAUGGCGGCCUCUUUGCACAGCAGACGAAUGUCCGAGCCCGAAAACCCCUGGAAAAGAGGCGAUGGUGUCAUGAACAGAGGGGUUCCGAUACUAGCGGUAUGCGUCACCUCAGUGCGUCUGGCAAAGUCACUGAAGUCCAGGGGCUCUGCCGCUCCCUGGAUGACAAACACAGAGAUACGCACCCACCUGUGUGCACCAGGAAUUCACCCAUCGCACACCCCACCCCACCGGCGGCAGAAAGUGCCUGAAGAGGGAAGUGCGUGCAGCAGGGUCAGGGAGAUCCACCAGUAUCUGACGGCACCGACAACGAUCAUGGAGACGCAACACAGCCCACAAAGACGGAUCCGAUCCGCACUUACUGUACCCUCUUUUCGAAUCUUCUGAGCAUUGCAGCAUCGAGGUCCCAAGGUAGGUUAGAUGCAGCGAGGAGGAAGACCCCCCCGUCGUGUUGGCUGCCCAGCAGCCCGUCCAUCUGGAUGAGCAGCUCGGUCUUCAUCCGUCGGCUGCCCUCGUGCUCAGUGUCGGCCGCCCCUCUUUGGCUCAUGAUGGCGUCCAUCUCAUCUGCAUCAGUGCAAGGUAUGGGGGGUCGGUCAGCAGAUAUGUGUGUGGGCAUGGCUGUAAGCACCGAUGAAGAUGGUGGAUGGCUGGUGGUGUCUCGCCAGCUCAAACAAGACACGGACCAGCUUCUCGGAGUCUCCCCUCCAUUUGCUGACGAUGGAUGAGGCGCUGAUGUUGAAGAAGGUGGUGCGGCACUCGGUCGCGACGGCCUUCGCUAGCAGUGUCUUGCCCGUGCCGGGGGGACCGAAGAGCAGGAUCCCCCGCCAUGGCGCCAACAAGCCCGUGAAGAACCUGACGUAGCGGAAACAAAGGGGGUCUGUGUGGGUGUCUCGGUGCUUUCGUCCUGCUCACUGCGGAUAUUUGUGUGGCAUGACGAUGGCCUCCUUCAGCAGAGAUUUGGCCUGCACACAGAUGCACGCAUCCAUGGACAAGGGACGGCGUCUCUAGAGCGACAAUGGCUGACCCUGUCCAGGCCGAUGAUGUCAUCCCACGGCACCCCGGGAUUGCUCGUGCAUAUGUCUCUGCGUAGGGACCAACAAAAGCCAUGGACGUCAUCCUGAUCCGUCUGCCCGUUUGAACAACUGGUCUGACUGACCUUGUGAUGAUUUGUGUCAGCUCCUGCCUCUCUGUAUCGAAGGCGGCGACGGGCGGACAAGGCCUCAACAGCUGACUCGAAUAAUACUCAGACCCCGCGUCAGGCGCCCCAGCAGAAGAAGACACCUGCCCCCCCGCUCCCUUGUUCUUUCUCACAGCCUGUCCCGUCAGCUGUAGCAGGGGCCCGUCACCACUCCCCGCACCCAGGUUCUGUGUCACGGACGGCAAGUCGUCAUCUUCAUCAGGAGCCGACGAUGACGCCGCAUCGGCCACACCGCUCUUGCUGGACCCCUUUCUUUCUCUCGCCCUCCUGGCAGCGAUUUGUUUGGUCUUUGGGCUGAGCGCUGGCUGAGGAUUGGUGCCUGGGGAUGAAUAGCGCCGGGGAGGAGGUGGGGGCAUGGGGUGGGAGGGCAUGUCGGUCUGAGCGAGGCGGGGGAGCACACCCCCUGCGUUGUGGUUGAGGUGUGAGGCGCUGCUGGGGCAAGGCCGUGCGGUGGCUGCCUGAGUCCCGGACUUCCUUGUGAACCUUGGCGCCUUGUCGAAACGCAGCUGAUACCACUCCUCGUACUCCUGCACAGCACGAUAGGCACACGCAAGGCAAGCAGAAUGCCGCCUCUCCUCUCCUUCCUUCGGUAGACCUGACUGACCUGCAUGACGUGCAUGAGAUCCAUGUUGUCCGCGGCAUCCACCUUGUCAAGAUCAACGCCGGUCUCCCGCUGGAUCUCACGAGCGCUCUCAACAUACCUGCAGCCAAGAGGCCACAGAUAUAUGAUGCACAGAACAGCAGGCACCGGUGGCACGCGUGGCCAGGCCCUGCCCACCCCUGAUCCAGCAAGAAUCGUGUAGCGAGGACCACUGCGCUUUUCCUCCUCUCCUGUGCCCGUUUCUCCUCCGUGAGGCGCGACUCGCCCUCCGCUUUGAUGCGGGAAUACACCGACGGCAGGCUCGACAU